GCACCUGCAAAAGCGACCGCGGUCGACGCAGGCUCGCAGAUUGGGUUUCUCUGGUGGCACGCGAUUCGCGACCAGCAGGAAACGUGGCGGACGAUCCCGGAAUCUGGAAUGACCGUCGCCUCCUUUACGCAGUUCGCAGAUCGGGUCGAUUCGUUCUUUGGUCGCAGUCGGCGAAUGUACCCUGUAGCCAUCCACCCCCGCUUCUGCUCACAAGAACGCUCGUUGCAAGACUGGGAUAAUGGCGCGCGCGCUGGAAGCGCGGAAGGACGGACGGAGCGUGCGGAUGGACGUCCGUUCCCUAGGAAGGACGGACGGACGAGCUGGAGCUGGUCCUAGGCUCGAGGAGGAGGGUUCAAGCUGCUGGACUCGCUCGUGGGAUCGAUCUUUUCUCGUGUCGAGCGGAACGGCGCCAGCGAGGAGAAUUCAGACAUCUGCGCGUCUGAUCGGCCGAUUUGUUGGCUUUUGGGACAGCUCGGAAAUUCGGGCCGAACGCGGGGUUUAGGGUUUUUGGACGUCGCGAGACAUGGCUCCUGGAGCUGUGGAGAAAGCGGAAGCUGCUUCUGCUCCGGGAGGCGUGGAAGAAGAUCCGGAGAAGAAGAAGAAGAGGGAAGAGAAGGCGAAGGAGAAGGAGCUGAAAAAGCUGAAGGCAGCUCAAAAAGCCGAAGCUGCCAAAGCUGCGCAGGCCGCUAAAGCAGGGCAGCCAUCCAAGAAGGCAGAGGAGAAAGCUAAGAAAGCAGCUGCAGUUCCAGCUGAGAAUGAUGAAGAACAAACCGAUCCUCCUACCCCAGCUGGCGAGAAGAAGCGUCUGGCAUCGGAGAUGGCCAAGUCCUACAGUCCAGCAGCUGUGGAGGCUUCGUGGUAUGAAUGGUGGGAGAAGUCUGGCUACUUCGUCGCUGAUGCUACAGACAAGAAGAAACCUCCAUUCGUUAUCGUUGUGCCUCCACCUAAUGUCACUGGAGCCCUUCAUAUUGGACAUGGUCUGACUGCCGCCAUUGAGGACACUGUAGUCAGAUGGCGAAGAAUGAGUGGUUACAAUACUCUGUGGGUUCCCGGGUGUGAUCAUGCUGGUAUCGCUACUCAGGUCGUUGUGGAGAAGAAGAUAAAGAAGGACCUUGGACUGAAUAGGCACGAUCUAGGUCGAGAGAAAUUUGUUGCAGAAGUGUGGAAGUGGAAAGAAUCGUAUGGAGGGAAAAUUGGCAAGCAGCAGCGUGGAAUCGGUGCAUCCCUUGAUUGGUCCCGAGAGUGUUUUACCAUGGAUGAGAAGCGGUCAGCUGCUGUGACUGAGGCAUUUGUUCGAUUGUUCAAAGAGAAGCUGAUCUACAGGGACAACCGUCUCGUGAACUGGGACUGCAUCUUGAGAACGGCUGUCUCAGAUAUUGAGGUCGAUUACAUAGACUUGCCAGGUCGCACAAUGCUACGAGUACCGGGUCAUGACGACCUUGUGGAAUUCGGUGUAAUUACUUCUUUCGCUUAUCCCUUGGAGGGAGGAGAGGGGGAGAUUGUUGUCGCCACUACUCGAAUUGAGACUAUGCUUGGAGAUACAGCAGUCGCAAUACACCCAGAAGAUCCAAGAUACAAACAUUUACAUGGGAAGUUUGUGGUCCACCCUUUCAACAAGAGGAAAUUGCCAAUCGUAUGCGAUGCGGAACUAGUGGAUAUGUCCUUCGGGACCGGUGCUGUCAAGAUAACUCCUGCCCACGAUCCAAAUGAUUUUGAAACUGGAAAGCGCCACAAUUUGGAAUUUAUCAAUAUCCUAACAGACGAGGGCAAUAUUAACAGCAAUGGAGGAAAGGACUACGAAGGUCUCAAACGUUUUGAAGCUCGUGUAGCCGUUCUGAAAGCUCUGAACGAGAUGGGACUGUACAGAGGAGCAGCCGAUAAUCCCAUGCGUCUUGGAAUCUGCUCAAGGAGUAAUGACGUGAUUGAACCUAUGAUUAAACCUCAGUGGUAUGUGAGCUGCGAUGGUAUGGCAAAGGAGGCCUGCGAUGUUGUUCGUGAUGGACGACUCGAAAUCGUACCGAAACAGUUUGAGGACGUAUGGUUCAGGUGGUUGGAGAACAUUAGAGAUUGGUGUAUCUCAAGGCAGCUUUGGUGGGGUCAUCGAGUGCCUGCAUGGUAUGUCACUCUCGAGGAGGACGAGCUCACUGAAUUUGGAGUCUACAAUGACCAUUGGGUCGUCGGACGAGAUGCGAAAGAAGCUGAGAAGCUUGCUUCUGAGAAGUAUCCAGGGAAAAAGUACAAAUUGGAGCAAGACCCAGAUGUCCUUGACACCUGGUUUUCUUCAGGACUCUUCCCCUUCUCUGUGAUGGGUUGGCCAGAAAAUACUGCUGAUCUACAAACAUUUUAUCCAACAUCGUUGCUGGAGACAGGUCAUGAUAUCUUGUUUUUCUGGGUCGCUCGAAUGGUGAUGCUGGGCAUGAAGCUUACGGGCCACCCACCGUUCAAGCAGGUGCUUCUGCAUGCUAUGGUUCGAGAUGCGCAUGGUCGGAAGAUGUCGAAGUCUUUAGGUAACGUUAUUGAUCCCAUGGAAGUCAUCCAUGGGAUAACCUUAAAGGAACUUCACAAGCGACUCGAGGAAGGAAAUUUGGAUCCACGGGAGGUGGAAAAAGCGAAAGCGGGACAAACACUAGAUUUUCCAAAUGGAAUUGCCGAGUGUGGAGCCGAUGCCCUCCGAUUUGCUCUCGUCGCAUACACUGCCCAGUCAGUCAACAUCAACUUGGAUAUUCAAAGAGUAGUAGGAUACAGGCAUUGGUGCAACAAGCUUUGGAAUGUCAUUCGCUUCGCCAUGAUGAAUUUGGGGAGCGAUUUUGUUCCUUCUCAACAGCUAGAUAUGGCCAGUCUCCCAUUUGGUUGUAAAUGGAUUCUUGCUGUCCUGAACAGCACCGUUGAGAAAACUGUGAACUCUUUCGAAGCCUUGAAUCUGUCGGAAGCAUCGACAGCCAUGUACUCUUGGUGGCUAUAUCAGCUGUGCGACGUUUUCAUUGAAAUUAGCAAACCAGCUUUAAAUGGGGAUGACACAGACCCCGCAGCAGCCCAAGCUAAAAAAGCUACGAGGGAUACACUUUGGGUAUGUUUAGACAUAGGUUUGCGGCUUCUGCAUCCAAUAAUGCCUUUCUUGACCGAAGAAUUGUGGCAGCGACUUCCUCGAAGGCAGGAGGACGAUGUCAAGUCAUCAAUUAUGAUAUCACCCUAUCCAUCAGUAGUGGAGGAAUGGAGGAAUUCCACGGUAGAGUCGGAAAUGACUUCAAUCGAAAUUGCUGUUAGAGCAAUAAGGUCUCUACGUAUGAACUAUGGUCUGCAGCCAAAGCAAAGGUGUGCUUUAUACUUGCUUUGUCGGACUCCUGAAGUUGCUGACGUCAUGACGAAGGGUUCAGAUAUAAUCUCCACUCUAGCCACUUUGUCUUCAGUGAAGAUAAUUACGGAAGCUGAAAGCGCACCAGCUGGAUGUGCGGUUGCCAUAGUUGAUGAGCAGUUGUCAGCUUACCUUCUUCUGACGGGUUUGGUCGAUGCGAGCGUGGAGUUGUCGAAGCUGCAAAAGAAGAAGGAUGAAGUAGAGAGGUUUCGAGAAGCCAUUACCAAGAGGAUGAAUGCUCCAGGAUAUGCAGAUAAAGUGCCGGCAAAUGUUCAGGAGGAUAAUCUUACCAAAGUUAACAAAUACACAGCAGAGUUAUCUACAAUAGAAGAAGCAUGCGAGAAUUUUCAAAGACUCCUCAUAGGUUAAGUUACGUCAGGCUCCUUUCUUUUAAGCGCUUAUUCUUUGGAAAGGUGAAUGCUGCCUUGUUGCUCAUCGCGCAGUCUACUGCCGCCAUGAGCCCCGGAUUGUGAAACACGUAGUGCACCUAUUAUUAUCUGUCUCAGGUCGACAAAUCAUUCUGUUUAGAUGCCUGGGAAGUUAUCUUUCCGGAAUGAUGUAAUUUUGAGAGGUCAAAACAGAAGUUGCGGGAGUUAAAAGAGCUAUGCCAGUUAUCUCUGGUACUAAGUACAUGUGUGUUUUAUGCAGUAGGUUAUGCAGCCUAAUCAGAAUUGAGGCCUAAAAUACAAGAGCCGAGAUGAAAAGUAAAGUAGAGAAAAUGAGGCGAGAAAGGAGAAUUGGUAAUUGAGAGAAAAUAUAGGUAUGACAAGCAAAAGGAAUGAUGAGAUUUGAAACACCAGAUUUGGAGAAUACCACGCAUCACCUAUU